AGGAGCUUCCCGUGAUAAUGCAGCUCUACCCGUAGGUUUAUAUUCGUAAACACUGGUGACCCGUAAGUAGGUACAAACGGGAAUAGUAAGGGCUGUCUCGCUCGGAUAGUUGUUGACCAACGUCGUCUACUGGAAAAUCCACCCAAAAAAUGCAGUACCUCCUCUUCGCAGCCCUGUACGGGGUCUGGAACUUGGUCCAACUCGUCGUGGGGGUUUUUAUCGCCAAACGAGUUGGCGCCCACUUGAACAACACCUCAGAACACUCCCUGCGGUUAGCAAGAUAGAGUGCGAGUUUCACACGUACUUUCUUUCCAUUUUCUCACAUAGCAAAUCGAGGGGACAGCGUGAAGAUGGUACGGCUUUUCUUUUCGAGUGUGCUAUGAUCUAUUAAGUGCCUAGAAGUAGUCGCAGCCCUUACUUGUCUCGCGGCAGUUGUUGCGGACAGAGGGUAAGAACAGUCGCGACGAACAGACUGCAAUAUUUUGAAAUCGUAUGAUGUGCAGCAGUGAAGACUAAGAAAGAGAAAUCGCUGUGAUGUUGAAUACUUCAGUGAACAACAUCGCUUGUCGUGUAUAAGGGACGGUAGGCCUGCGCCUGCAUCAAUUUCUUGAGGAACUACUUCUAAGUCCUGCAGAUUGUCGUGGUGCUAACCAAGUGCCAUCGCUAUCAGACUUCUGUCGUGUUCGCACUAUUUCAACACUCAUCGUCAGUAAUCAGUGGGGGAGAAAAAGAAACUUGAAUCGUGGCAAUUCGUGUUGAUGCACUUCGUGGGUUCAUGUUCAUUCGUGAUCGUGUCUGCACUUCGGGGGCACAUGUUCAUUCGUGAUCGUGUCUGCAAUCUGGUUCUGCAAUCGGGUUCGAACAAGUUCGAUGAACUGAAAGCAAUUGCAACUUCCCAAAAGCUUUGCUCUACAGCAGCUAGUUCUUAAAAAGUUCGAUCUAGCAGCGCAAGACGUGUUUUUGUUGAGACGGUUUUUUUAUCGUACAAUCAAUAUCGCGAAUUCAAAAACGCCUCCUGUUCCGCCCAGUAUGCUCUCCAUGUCGAGUAACAAGCGUGAGGCGCCGAUGCUCGGCGGUCCUCCCUCUUCCUCAGGCAUGUACGUGAUGAUGCCAGUCCCGGUGCAGCAGAACAAGCAGCCCCAACUUUGGGGAAAAAAGCAAUUCAAGCCGUUUACCGUAAUCAUCGAGCAGCAGAUGAGCGGAGGUGCUACUUCUGCCAGUACUGGUAUCAACGCGUUUUCUACUACUUCUGCAACAACACCGCAAGCCCUGCAACCAAACAAAGAAUUGCGCAACAUCACAACGGUCUCCGAGAUCGUCAACUGGCUGAAAGACGAGUACCAGCACGUCGUUUCGGAGCAGGUGAUUCUGGAGAAAUUAGACGAUUUGCUCUGGAUGCCGAAGAUGAGCGGUAGUAACAUGAACGGGAACAACAAUAUGAGAGUUGUGCACAACUCCCCCUCCCCCUCAUUUGUGUUGCAUGAACAGCAACACAAGCGCUGGCAAAGAUGCAGCGUUAGCAUGGCAAAUUCCUAGAGGAUUGUAGUGCUGUUUUGGAUCAUUCCGGAAUCUGUCACGCAAACAGUGCUAACAGGCAAAGGGUGGAUUUGGAAUUUUGCAUGACAAGUGAGAGGGAGGGGGACGAGUUGUGCACUUUCAUGAACAACGGCCAUUUCGACAGCACGUGCUCGACCAACGUUUUCUCGAUGUCGGAGGAAGACGGAAACGUGUCGUCCUCGUCCUGUUCCUCCAACGGUGGCGGCAUCGGGUUCGAAUCUUCCGGGUUGAAGUCGUCUUGUUCCAGCAAACACAGUAAUGACACCACAACGACCGUGUUCUACGAGUUCCAAAUCCCGAGUACUACUUCCCAGCAUCCUACGACCGGGUUGAUGCAGCCCCAGGACACGAUAAAGUUAGCGAUCAAAAACGCCACUUCGCCAAUCUCGGAGGACCAGACGCAGCUCGGGUUGCAGGAGAUGUCGGACGAAGAUGAUGAGGAGGGGUUAUCGUUUGCAAAAAGUAUCGCACUACUUGCAUUUUUUGCAUGACAGAUCUUGUUUGUGACCUGAACCUGCAUGACAAACUCAGUUUUUCUCUAUACCAGCAAAUUUGUAUUGCAAUACAACUUGUGCGAUGCUUUUGCAUAUCCAUAGGUUUCGGUCUCGGACGAUUUCGACAUGUACGACGGGGGAAAUGACGAUUUGUAUUGCGGAACCUCCACGGGUCUGGAUGAAAUGUUCUACAUGAGCAGCUCGACCAUGGACGACGGAGAAGAUGACUGCGCGUUUCCCAUAUGCAUCGCAAAUAUGUGUGGAUCUGGAUCUGUGAUGCACAAUUCUGAAAGACAGCGAGAUCUGUAAUGCAUGAAUACGAAUGUUGACCACGGUCUUUGUCGUGCUGGAAGCCUGUCUGUCAUGCAAAACACGGUGGAACUUGCAAUACCAACCGAAAAAUUUGUGAUGCGUUCAUGUCGUACGAAGCAUCGCUCCGUCAUGCAAGGCUCAGCAACACAAAUUCGUGGCAUCUUUCCAGACCCAGACAUGUUUGCAGUGGAUAUGCCAUCCGACCGAGCAAACGGGUGAAGAAGUAAGUAGGGGGAGAGGAUGAACAGUUUGUCGGGCUGGUAGGCAACUACAGGGGCAUAGUAAUCAUGCUCUUCAAGAACAAUCUGCACUAGUCAGCCUUAGCACCUGUCGUCGUGUAAAAAUAGGAGGAUACUAGGAGAAGAUCUCUGAAGAUCAUGCGCAGGUCGCUAGCUGUAAAAUUUUGAAUUUUAUCAAAAAGCAAAACCAGUUUCACUGUACAAGCACGUAGUUGUUUCGAAGAAAGACACCAAAGGAUCGGAAAAAUUGUGCGGAUUGGCAGGCGGAUUUUUGUAUCUACUGCUUUGUUGCAUUUUCGAUAAUUGUUACGAUUCAUCGCGAAUUAUAAAGCUGUAUUGUAUUGAAGGCUCGAGCGACGGCGAGCAGACGCAGGUUUGCACGAUGCGCGAAAGUUGAAACCGACUGUACACAACUUCUG